GCGUUUGUCACCGAAGAUGAGGCGAUUGUCGACGUAACGGACAUGUUUAAUGAACAGGUGAUGAUUGGAGAGAAGUUGAUGGAAGGCGAAUGUCUGCAUAUGCAAGGCGGACUUGAUCAAGUCUGGUACAUCACCGACGACAAUCUUCCGAGUGACAUUGAGGCGACGAAAGGUUCGUCCUUUGAUGAUGUCUCCUGGAUUGUUGGACUUUCCAGGGUAGACAGAGAAAACUUCCUCAUCGUAGACAUUCAUCUUGGGCCGGAGAAAGUCAAGGAGCAUGAACCAGGAACGAAGGAAUCUGUCUUGAUCAAUACUUGUGAAAAAGCCGGCCAAGUCUUGAUUGACCAAGAUCAAAUCGGCGUCGACAGGCGCCGAUCGCAAUAUCGCGAGCAGAGUGUACACGUCACCUGUAGCGAAAUGAUUUGGACAUGCCGUAGGGAUAAGCUGGAAGAUGAGUCUGGCAAGAAUGUUGAGCAUUGGUCUGAAUGGGGAGUCGACAAAGGAAAUAAUCGGCCUGCCGCUGCGGAAGUCUUUCUUCCUUUUGGUACAGAGACCUUGUCAAGCAAAGUUGGCAUGUGCAUCAAA